AUGGUGUUCUUAUGUAAAAAAUGUAACCAAACGUUUGCGGACAUUUUUGAGUACAAGCAACACAUAAUCAGUCAUUCCGAGCAAGCGAGUAAUGUGUCGUCCUCAUCAUUGUCCAAAACAACAACAACAACAUCACCUCCAAAUGUUCCUACCAACAAGGUUUUGAAUUCUUCUGCUCAAACGCAACAGUCCAAACAAUAUAUUCCUCAACAUGCUAUGGCGAUGCAAAAUAGUUAUCCACAGCGUGAGUAUGUCCAUGAACCACCAUCUUCUUUGACAUCUCCACCAUAUCAUCAACACUCCAAUUAUUCAACGGGUGUUCGUGAGGCUGUUCAUCAAUCCUCUUCUUCAACGCCAAGCAUAACAACAGUUAGAACUUCUCCGUCAGUUGUGUAUUCUGAAUCCAAUUUGGGUUCACAUCGUUCGGAAAGUACACAGAGCAAUAUAAGUGGCAGUUCUAAAAGUAGUAGCGAGUUGAGGUCACCAUCUCCUCAACACUUACUUCCAUCGUACGACAGUAGAAUGUAUUCAAAUCAUCAGCCAUUCUAUCCUCCUCAUCAUCAUUAUCAAUAUGCUCCACAACAACCUUAUUAUGGACAUAUUCCAAACUCUUUCAAUCCUUCAGUUAUACCAACAACUUACCAUCCACAAUAUUCCCAAGAUCAAGAAAUAGAUCAUCUUUGUAAAAAUUUUGAUACUGGUGUGAAUUUAGGUUCAAGACCUUAUAUGAACAACAUGGAAUCAAUGAGAAGCAAGUGGUAUUGUCCAAUUUGUGACGUUGAAUGUAACAGCCAACAAAAAUUGAAUGAACAUUUGCAAGGAAAAACGCAUUUGAAAAAGCUGAAAAAUCAGCAUUUGAUUUCAGGACAUAUUUCACCACCAAAUGUGAAUGAAGAAAAGCCCUCCAGUUCAGCGUCAACACCAACAGCUUUUUCUUCUCUAAGCGAUUUAAAAGAUAUUAUAGAGUUUCACAAACGUCAAACCGGUGACUGGUUUAAAUGUAAAAUUUGUGAUGUUGAAUGUAAUGGCCCGGAUGUAUUGAUGAAUCACUUGGGCGGAAAGCAGCACAAGAAAAACCAAGAGAGAUACGAUCUAAAAUCUAAAUUAUUUCAUACAGAAAGCGCUCAAAGUAACAUGGAUCCUCAGCAAAGAACUACUCGGGAUCAUGAGCAUACUACAAGCAACGAUACUGACUCAAGUUUAGAAACAAUAACGGAAAUGAUAAACUCAGGAAAAUUGAUCAAAAAAGACGAAGGAAGCGAAGAAGGCUUUUUUUGCGCUGUAUGUGAAACGUUUUGCAAUAGUCUCGAUGCCCUCAAAGACCAUCUUUCUGGAAAAAAGCAUUUAAAAAAUAUGAAAAACGCUGCCGCUUUGGAGCUAAGAGAAAAGAGUUUGAAAUUACAAACUCCAGCUUCUCUUAAUCAACAAUUGCCCCAAAUGGAGGUCUAUCAAGUGAAGGGUAUAACGAAUGAUCGAUAUGCAGAUUUUGAUAUAUCACGAGGAGUUCAAAUUUUAGAAUACUUUUUUACCAAAGUGUAUUUCCAAAAGCCUUCUUACAUCGAGAUUUCUGAGGGCCCACCUCACGCAAUGAUAUUUAAAUGUAUAAUUAAGAUGGAAUCUCAUAAUUUUGUUGUAGAAGGAAUAGCCUCUUCUAAAAAAGAUGCAAAACGUUAUGCAGCUAUAGAAACAUGUAGGGUACUGAAUCAGAAAGGGUUGUUAAAAGAAGUGGUUCCGGAUUAUUUAUAUUACAACCCCCUUAGCUUCCCCUCAAACAAAUAG